UGGGGGCGGUGCUGGCGGAAGGGUAGAUUCCUCUGGGUGGUGUGGUGCUGCUGACGGCUGGAACCGGCUACGGAGUUUGGAAACAGUCUGACGUCCAUGGAGGCAUCAGCGGAGCAGCCAAGCCCGCAGCCCCCGCAGCCCGGGGAGCACUGCAUCCGUGACGGCGACUUCGUGGUGCUGAAGCGGGAAGAUGUGUUCAAAGCAGUGCAAGUCCAGCGGAGAAAGAAAGUAACGUUCGAGAAACAGUGGUUUUAUCUGGAUAAUGCCAUUGGCCAUAGUUAUGGGUCAACAUUUGAAGUGAGCAAUGGAGGAUGCCUUCAGCUCAAGAAGAAGAAGGAAGAGCCUACUUCAGAGACUAAAGAAGCGGGCACUGAUAAUCGAAAUAUAGUUGAUGAUGGAAAGUCCCAAAAACUUACUCAAGAUGAUAUAAAGGCUCUGAAAGACAAGGGCAUUAAAGGAGAGGAAAUAGUUCAGCAGCUAAUUGAAAAUAGUACAACAUUCCGCGACAAGACAGAAUUUGCCCAAGAUAAAUAUAUUAAAAAGAAGAAGAAAAAAUAUGAAGCCAUCGUUACUAUUUUGAAGCCAUCUACCCGUAUUCUUUCAAUUAUGUAUUAUGCAAGAGAACCUGGAAAAAUUAACCACAUGAGAUAUGAUACACUAGCCCAGAUGCUGACAUUGGGAAAUAUCCGUGCUGGCAAUAAAAUGAUUGUCAUGGAAACGUGUUCGGGCUUGGUGCUAGGUGCCAUGAUGGAACGAAUGGGAGGUUUUGGCUCCAUUAUUCAGCUGUACCCUGGAGAUGGACCUGUUCGGGCAGCAACAGCUUGUUUUGGAUUUCCCAAAUCUUUCCUCAGUGGUCUUCAUGAAUUCCCCCUCAACAAAAUAAACAGUCUUCUAAAUGGAACAUUUUCUGCUGAGAUGCUGUCCUCGGAGCCUAAGGACAGCACUCCGGUUGAACAGAGUAACGGUGAACAUGAGGAAAAACAGAUAUCUGAACAAGCCGAUGAGGACAGCAUAGCAGAAGCCGCAGAAAGUAACCUAGAAGAACAGAGAACAAUGGAAACUGUUCCUCAGGACCCAGAGAAUAAGGAGCCUAAAGAAAAAGGAAAUAGAAGAGAUUAUAUUCAGGAAAAGCAAAGAAGACAAGAAGAGCAGAGGAAAAGACAUUUAGAGGCUGCCGCUCUGCUGGGAGAAAGAAAUGCAGAUGGUUUGAUUGUGGCCAGUCGUUUCCACCCCACUCCACUGCUACUGUCUUUGCUAGACUUUGUGGCCCCAUCAAGACCGUUUGUGGUCUACUGUCAGUAUAAAGAGCCUUUGUUGGAAUGCUAUACAAAACUUCGGGAGAGAGGAGGUGUCAUCAACUUGAGACUGUCUGAAACCUGGCUCAGAAAUUACCAGGUUUUGCCCGAUCGGAGUCAUCCCAAAUUGCUGAUGAGUGGAGGAGGAGGAUACCUUCUGUCCGGCAUCACCGUUGUCUCGGACAGCCUUCGAGCGGACCCCAGCCUCAAGUCUUGUGCAAGCACUUUAGACUCACACGCGGCUGAGGAGCCAGCAGCUAAAAAACAGAAAUGUGUGGGAUCUGGCUCUUAAGAGAUUGCUCUUUGUUCCGAGGCAUUCUGCAGCCGGCAGUUACACUUUAGAUGACAUCACUAAAUGUGUUUUCCUAUCCUCAGGAUGUGUGUACACCUCCCUGUUCCUGGGAAGAAAUAAGCCUUUCGUUUGCUUCUGAUGCAGAUGGGGUUAGUCAGCACUGCAGCUCCGACAUGCGGUAAUGGGUGGGUACAGCAGUCCUGUUUCUGUAACAGACUUUGAGUACUUAAAACUAAUGUCAAUAUCCUGAAAAUGUUGAUAUGUAAGACUUUGUUUAUAUUUUAAGCAAAGAUGAAUAAUACAAGCUAGCUAACAUGAUGAGCAGAGAAAGGAAGUUCCCUCUCAUCCAUUCUCUUCUACUUUAGCAAUAUGGAUGUGUGUGCCUAUGAGAUUUACAGUACCAAAAAAUUGUUGGUAGCCUGAGGAAGACCCAGGUAUUUCCUUUACUGCCUCUCCCCUUUUUGGUGCAUAGAAAGGUUUAGUGGGCGCUUUUUGCAGUGGUUCAUGCAUCUUCUUUGUUCUAAAAAAGUGAUUAGAACUUCUGUGAACUUUUAAACAAUUGAUUUUUUUUCCCUCUCUAGAAAUGUGUACCAGUGUUGGUACGUCUGUAUGUAUCAACACAGACAGAAUGUACUACCUAUGGUGGGGAGAGAGAAUGAAUACACAGUUUAUUUGAACUGUGGUAAAGACUUGUACAAGACAGACCAGCUCUCAGUGCGUUGGUAUCAUUCCUUGUCAAGUGUGUUUUAAGUGCCUUUUUCUGGGAUUACUCACACUGGUCUCUGAAGGUCUGUCUGCUGGAGUGAGGUGGAUGGCCUUUAUCAGCUCUGAAAAAGUCUAAUCAAAUUACCAUUUCCAUUAUAAGAAAUAAAAAUGUCUAGAGUACUCAAGACUCUUGUCCACUUGAGAAUCUUAAGUCCUGCUCACUAGAACAUGCUCCGUCGUGUAUAGUGUGUGUGCCAUAGACGCCUACCCAACCAGGAGCAUCUUGGAUGAAAAAGAUUGUUUUAGUAGCAUGUGCUGUUCUAAUAAUGGCUGCUCUGAUUGCCAACUAUGGUUUUUAUUCCUUUUCCUCUAAAUAACUGCUUUUAAAGAAUAAAAGUUUCCUACU